AUGACGAGAAAAUGUAAAUAUCAGCUCAGCCGGAGUCGUGGCGCAACGCGAGCAAAUAUAAAUGUUAGCUCUGCCGGAGUCGAGGCUCUACGGCGAGCAAAUAUAAAUGUUAGCUCUGCCGGAGUCGAGACUCUAGUGCGAGCAAAUAUAAAUGUUAGCUCUGCCGGAGUCGAGGCUCUACGGCGAGCAAAUAUAAAUGUUAGCUCUGCUGGAGUCGAGGCUCAACGGCGAGCAAAUAUAAAUGUUAGCUCUGCCGGAGUCGAGACUCUACGGCGAGCAAAUAUAAAUAUUCUCUCCUCACCUUGUCACAAAAUCACGACAAAAACUUUCGGCGUCAGAUUAAAAAUUCGGCAGCCUAAAUUGGAAGCGAGUACCUCGGAGAUCAAGGACGUCAAAGUCGUCGACAAUCAGCGAGUAAAGAUCCAGGCCGUUGACCGAAGUCUAUCGGUCCCGACAAUUGCAGUCGGGGAUAUCGGAGAAGCCGAGGCAGCUGCUCUAAAGUCGUUUUGUGCAACUCGGCAAUCGCCCGAAGAAAAUGAAAUUGGGUCGCAGGUGUAUCGGAUCUCGGUCUAUAGUGAGGUCUGUCCGAGUUUGAGAUCGGUCCGAGAUGUUAAUGUCAAUGUUAAUGUCUCGCGUGGUCGGUACCGACGUUUUGUGGUGAAGUCGAUUUUGCCGGGCUGUGAUGAAAUUGGUUUGAUGGCUCAACGGAGGAAUCGGCCGAAAAUAACGAGGUCGGAGAGGCCGAAAUCAAUUCAGGAGUUGGCCGGGCCCCGAGGUGUGAUGAGGUCGGACCUCGGUGAGGUUAAUCGGAAAUCUAAGCUUGAAGACGGUGAAACCAGUGACAACCAGGUCCGUUUAGAUCUUCAUUCGAGGUUUUUGAUAAAGAUGAAGAAACAGAAAAAUCCAAACAGUAGUAAGAAUAAGCUUGCUGGAGAGAAGUUCUCAGCAGAUAUGUAG